AUGACAUCGACUGUCUCGCAGACCAUUGCUUCUCUAAAAGAAGAGUUUGACGCAUCUGCUCAGGACAAGAAUUACCAACCGCUUUGGACAGUGUUCGGGCAAAUGGUGCCCCCAAGGCCCAACCCGCGCGCCGUACCAGCUAUCUGGCGCUAUGAUCAAAUUAAACCGGAUCUAAUGAAAGCCGGGGCCUUCAUCACUGCGGAGGAGGCCGAGAGACGAGUGCUGAUGCUGGUAAACCCGGGAAUGGAUGCACCUCACACGACAGACGCAAUCUAUGGCGGACUGCAGCUCGUUCUCCCCGGAGAAACAGCCCCAGCACAUAGACAUGUUGCGUUUGCCCUCCGCUUGAUUAUCGAAGGCAAUGGUGGAUUCACCGCGAUAGAAGGGCAGAAGAUCCGCAUGGAACCGGGAGACGUAGUCUUGACUCCUUCGUGGUGCUGGCACGAUCACGGCAACGAUGGUCAAGACCCGAUCAUCUGGCUUGAUGGGUUGGACUUGCCGUUGUUUCAACGUCUCCCGGUUAACUUUGCUGAGCAGUAUGCCGAGAAUCGUUACCCAGCCUUGGACACCGAAGACAGUCCAAUCCGAUUCCCGUGGCGAGACGUUCAGGCUAUGUUGGAUGGCGCGAAUCUCCCAUACGCUAUUCAUCACUACCAUAGACGGGGAAAGAGUUACCUUUCGGAUACUAUCAGUGCACAAGCGGAGCGAUUGAGUCCAGGCUAUACAACAGCUUUUCACCAAGAGACUUGCUCGUUUCUUUAUCAUGUGAUACACGGUCAGGGUAUGUCUAAACUCAUUACGGCAAACGGAAAGGAGUCCGAGAUACAUUGGAAAGCAAAAGACACCUUUGCGGUCCCCGCGUGGUGUCGCAUUCAACACACGUCUUCGCCAGAAGAGCCUGCCUAUCUAUUUGCGAUCAACGAUCGCCCCAUGCUGGAGUCUUUGGGGCUCAUCAGACAAGCUUAG